AUGGUUCAGUACAUCCCACCUCCAGACUACCGGAGUCUUCUCCCACCUCUCCUCGCCUGCUUACCCACAGCUUUUGUUUCUCCUCGAGCACCUCCUGCCCUACUGCCUCUCCUGUCUCCCAUACUUCGUCAACGCGUUCAGCUACUCGCCGCCUCUUCAUCCUCCGCAUCCGACUCAUGGCUACCUCUUCUAUGUUGGGAAUCAGAGCCUGCGAAGAGGCUUGUGGACAUAGUGUCAGAGAGCGACGCGUUUGAAUUACACCCCGUAUCUGGUGAGAUCGACUUUGGUGAUGUGGAAGACAUCAGCUACAAGCGAUUGGACGAAGAAACGCUCCAGGCAAAGGUGAUAGUCACAGACUUAGGGCUGAUCAUCAUAUAUCUUUGGUGCGAAGGAGAUCAAGAAGGCGGCGGGAGUGGCUGGCGUGUGUCCGAGGUCAGGCCGAUAAAGGGAGACACGGAAAUGGCUGUUAGUAACUGGUGUCCUACUAUGGCCGAAGCAGAUGAGAAGGCUAAAGAGAAUAUGAUGGAAGAAGCAAUACGACAAGGCGAGGAUACUUCGGCUAUGCACGGAAUGGACAACGACAACAUUGGCAUCGAGGAUCAGCAAGAAGACGAUGAUGAAGAUGAUGAUGACUACUGGGCUCAGUAUGACAAAACUCCUGGAACGCAAAGAUCGCAGUCUGCUCUGUCAAAUCCGACAAAGCACAUGAGGACUACAUCGGACGCCGAGUACUUCGAUCGAUAUGCUCAAGUGCAGCCGGAGAUGGACAAUGACGACCCUUCCGGAGAUCGCGGAGCAAUAGGAGGGUCAACCUUGAAAGGCGAUGUUAUGGCAUCUUCCAUGCGCAAUGCAUCAGAACUCGACAAAGGUCCUCCUCAAGACACGUACGCUUUAUCUUCCGCGGAUGAGGGUAUCAGUCAACCUACGGCAUCACCAUCAGCCGGCCCAGCCGCAGUGUCAAGACUGGAGGAAUCAGCGGAGUCUCAGUCGAUUGCUGAGGUGGCUGUCAAGCAGCACGUCAGCACAAGCGUCAAAAGUCUGUUCCGGCUGUGCAGAAGCAGUGGGAUGGAGAGGUCCGAUUUUGACCGGAUGGUGCGAAUCGAGCUCGAGACGUUGAGUAUGAUGGAAGAGGAUGACUGA